GACAUCAGCCUUAAAAGUCCCAGCUUGGGCGUGGAAGGCCAACGCAAGCCGCGGCUUGAUCAAUCCGGUGGUGCGGUCCGCGCAGAGCCUGUGACGCCUUUGGGGGAAAGCUCUAUCUAGUCUUCGGAGGUACACAACCCACACACGGUCAUCAUGGCAAACAGAGGACCCUCGUACGGUCUCAGUAGGGAGGUUCAGCAGAAGAUUGACCGGCAAUAUGACCCUGAUCUGGAGCAGAUUCUCAUCCAGUGGAUCGGGGCCCAGUGUGGACCGGAUGUGGGUCAGCCCCAGCCUGGCAAGGAUAACUUCCAGAAGUGGUUGAAAGAUGGCACGAUUCUAUGCAAGCUUAUCAACAGCCUUUAUCCUGUGGGCCAAGGGCCUGUGGCGAAGAUCCAAGGUUCUACCAUGGCCUUCAAGCAGAUGGAGCAGAUCUCUCAGUUCCUGCGGGCAGCUGAACACUAUGGCAUCCUAGCCACGGACAUAUUUCAGACAGUCGACCUCUGGGAAGGCAAAAACAUGGCCUGCGUCCAGAGGACCUUGAUGAACCUGGGAGGCCUGGCUGUCGCUAAAGGGGAUGGUUUCUUCGCUGGGGACCCCAACUGGUUCCCAAAGAAAUCGCAGGAGAACCGCCGUGCCUUCUCAGAAGAUAAGCUGAAGGAAGGGCAGAGCGUCAUUGGGUUGCAAAUGGGCACCAACCGGGGCGCCUCUCAGGCAGGCAUGACUGGCUACGGGAUGCCGCGUCAGAUCCUUUGAGCCCGGCUGCUGCCUCCUUCAAGUCUCCAUCAUUUCCUGACACCUUAUCUCAGAGAAUCGCUUUCUGUCUCUCCAACUCGUGCUACCGCCGGAAGCCUUCAAGGAGGGCCAGUAGGAGAUGGGCCUUCGAUUCCUGCUACUCCCCCUGCGCCUGUAAUGGUCAAUAGCUUAUUUUUAUUGACCGCUCCUUUUUUUUAAUCCAGAUUUUUCUAGAACCAAAUCCCCUCCCUCUCUUAGCACACACGACUGGAGUAAAAUGCUUUCCUUCCUCCCUCUUCCCUGCCUGCUCUUGAUCUCAUUCUUUGAGAGGUUUUCACCCGCCUGACCAAAACGUGCAUCGAAAUACGAUGCUGGGACCAAAAAAAAAAGGUUAUGUAUUUCUUCCCCUCUUGAAACCACCCUUCAUAAUGGCAGUGUGGUUUCCUUAGUGGCCAAAUGUCCUUUUUCCUCUCCUUGAGAUCCAACUUAAAAAAAGCCCCUCACUGUUCACAUUCCAGGAUCUGGGCCCUUAACCUCUGUUCGUUUAUCCUUUCAAAGUUCUCUGGACCAACCCCCCCCUCCACUUCUGUGGUCACCCUCUUGGCAGUCUUAACCCCAACAAAUUCCUGGUUAUAUCUGCACUCGUGCUGCAUUUUUGGGGAUGGGAGAAAUCUCUUUCUGUGGUGUUCAGCUGGCGAAUAACGCACGUACACACACCUGUACAUGCCCCUGAACCCUAUAGGAGGCUCAGUUUGGCUGGCAGGACCUCCAGAGAUCCAAAAAUGCCCCUUCCUGGUGCUGGGUUCAAAUUCACUCCUGCUGCAAUUCUUGGGUAGCUAACUCAUUUGGAGUGCUUUUAACCCCCCAAAAACUGGGGGAGGGUAUUUUCCAGCAGUCCUUGCUGUGGCGCUUCUUCCCAGUUCAGCCGGCUACCUGUCUCUACCCACCUCUGAAUUUGUCGCCCAGUAGGAACCCCUUAUUCUGUACUGCUAGCUCCAGCCUGGGAAUGCAGGUACCUCUACUGGCCUGCCAGGCUUUGGGGCCUGGUGGGAACCAUCUUGCCUGGUUUCCUCCUCCUCUGAGGCGAAAGGCCCAGCAGUCAAUCUGAACAUUUAAAACCGUGUGGCAUUCUUACCUGUGGAAUGUACCCUGCCUCGAGAUCACUGAUAAGGAAUAAUAAACAUUGCUCAACCCUUUGUUUACAA